AUGUCUGGUGCUGUAGCUCGUCUUGCCAGCUUGAACUCUCAAGUGGGCGGUCGGGCAAGACAGUCUCCUUCCGAAACCGCGAACGUCGAGAAUGCUGACUCUUUCGAAAGCGCUGAUCUUGGCCUUAUUGGCCUUGCCGUCAUGGGCCAGAAUUUGAUUCUGAACAUGGCCGACCACGGAUUUACCAUCUGCGCCUUCAACCGAACCAUCUCCAAGGUCGACCGCUUCCUCGCCAAUGAGGCCAAGGGCAAGCCCAUUGCCGGAAAGGCCGUGGAUGACUGGAUCGAGAGCCUCCUCCCUCUUCUUGAGCGUGGUGACAUCAUCAUCGAUGGUGGUAACUCUCAUUUCCCCGACUCCAACCGCAGGACCCGAUACCUCUCUGCCAAGGGCAUCCGCUUUGUCGGCUCCGGUGUUUCCGGUGGUGAGGAGGGCGCUCGAUUCGGCCCCUCCAUGAUGCCCGGUGGUAACGAGGAGGCCUGGCCCUUCAUCAAGGACAUCUUCCAGUCCAUUGCCGCCAAGAGUGACGGCGAGGCCUGCUGUGAGUGGGUCGGUGACGAGGGUGCCGGUCACUACGUCAAGAUGGUCCACAACGGUAUUGAGUACGGUGACAUGCAGCUUAUCUGCGAGGCGUACGACAUCAUGAAGCGAGGUCUUGGUAUGACCGGCAAGGAGAUUGGUGACACAUUCGCCAAGUGGAACAAGGGCGUCCUCGACUCCUUCCUGAUUGAGAUCACCAGGGAUAUUCUUUACUAUAAUGAUGAGGAUGGCACUCCUCUUGUCGAGAAGAUUCUUGACAAGGCCGGCCAGAAGGGAACUGGCAAGUGGACUUCCGUCAACGCUCUUGACUUGGGCAUGCCCGUCACCCUCAUUGCCGAGGCCGUGCUUUCCCGCUGCUUGUCGGGCAUCAAGGAGGAGCGCUCUAUCGCGUCCACUAAGCUCGAGUACGUUGGUCGUGUCAACACCUUUGAGGGUAACAAGGAACAGUUCCUUGAGGAUCUCGAGCAGGCUCUCUACGCGUCCAAGAUCAUCUCGUAUGCUCAGGGUUUCAUGCUCAUGCAGGAGGCCGCCAAGGAGUACGGCUGGAAGCUCAACAAGCCUUCUAUCGCCCUCAUGUGGCGUGGUGGUUGCAUCAUCCGCUCCGUCUUCCUCAAGGAUAUCACCGCUGCCUACCGCAAGAACCCUGAUCUCCAGAACCUUCUCUUCGAUGAUUUCUUCAACAAGGCUAUCCACGAGGCUCAGCCCGGCUGGCGAGACGUCGUCGCCAAGUCCGCACUUCUUGGCAUUCCCACCCCCGCCUUCUCCACUGCCCUCUCGUGGUUUGACGGAUACAGGACCAAGGACCUGCCUGCCAACCUUCUUCAGGCCCAGCGCGACUACUUCGGCGCCCACACCUUCCGCAUCAAGCCGGAGGCUGCCAGCGCCAAGUACCCCGAGGGCCAAGACAUCCACGUCAACUGGACUGGCCGUGGUGGCAACGUCUCUGCCUCCACCUACCAGGCGUAA